AUGAUGGUUUUCUGCAACAAAAGGCUGUGGCUGGGCAUCUUACUGUCCAGCAAGCUGGUGUUCCAUUUAGCCAUCGCAUCCACGGUGCGGUCUCACAGCAAAGGUGACACAGAAUCUCGAGAGGAUGCGGCGCUCACUGACGAGGAUGGUGCCGCAGCUGUCAGUCGAAGAAUAAUGCGCGCCGAGAAGAUACAGGAAGACUCCAUAGAGGUACCAGCAGCAGGUCUAGAGAAUACUGUGCCGUUUGGCGAUGUUCUUUUCAACGUCACUGUGCAACCGCCUCCUGUUGCGGAGCCUGCCGAACAAAACGAGCACGCCAGUGAACAGCAAGACUGCAGGUGGUACGACUGGAGUCCGUGGUCUUACUGCUCGAAGAGCUGUGGCCAAGGAUGGAAGAGUCGCAAGAGGACUGUGGCCUUGCAGCCGCGGCACGGGGGCCUUGAGUGUGAUGGGGCCUCGGAGGACUUCGACCGCUGCAAUGAAAUUGAUUGUCCAGUGGAUUGCCACUGGGACGUGUGGAGUGACUGGAGCCACUGUACUGCAUCCUGCGAUGGCGGUACACGCCAGAGAGGCAAACCCAUAAAGGUCCAAAACAACAGCCUUGGAAAGCCCUGCAACAUGGCGGAAGGCAUCCAGGUGGAGGACUGCGGUACCACCCUUUGUCCGCGGGACUGUAAAUGGGCAGAUUGGUCUGCAUGGGGAGACUGUUCAACAACCUGCGCUGGCGGAGUGAAGCUGCGAACCCGAUCUAUAGCAGAAGCUGCUGUUUCCGAGGGAAAGAAGUGUGAAGGAGCCACGCAGGAUGAGGAGGUCUGCAACGUCAAGGCAUGCCCAACAGACUGUGUCCUUGCGGACUGGAGCAACUGGAAAGCCUGCUCCGUGACUUGUGGUAAUGGCACCAGUACGCGCAUGCGCAAAGUCCUGGUGAAAGAGGAUGGUGGCGGCCGGCCUUGCAGUGAGCCACUGGAGCAGGAGAAGCCUUGUGCUGAAAAGACCUGCCCAGUUGACUGUCUUUGGGGGGACUGGAGCCACUGGUCACACUGCAGUCAAACUUGCGGCAGCAAUGUCUCCUUGUGGGCUACAAGCGCUCGGAAGCGACUUGUUGAAGAAACUGCGGGUGGAAGACCCUGCGACGGUGAGGACGAGCAGAAGAAGCUGUGUGGCCAGAAGCCUUGUCCCAUAGACUGUGUGUGGGCCGAUUGGAAUGAAUGGAAGGCUUGCACAAAGUCCUGUGGCGCUGGCAUCACAGAUCGUUUGCGAAACAUAUCCAUCCCAGCAGCCCACGAAGGAAAAGAGUGCUUUGGCUCCACAAGAGAUGUGAAGACAUGCAAUGAGGAGCUGUGCCCUCAAGAUUGCAGUUUUGCUGAUUGGGAAGACUGGUCCGAGUGCAGCCGACCUUGCGGGGACGGGUCCGCCAUCCGCUAUCGCAUCAUUGACACGCCAGCUGCACGUGGUGGUCAAGCCUGCCUUGGUCCGAAGCAUGAGACGGGAUCCUGCAAUGGUACUGAUUGCGUCACAACAGAGGAGUUGAUUCGGAAAGGAUAUGCAUCUCAGAUCACCGGCGCUAUGCACAUCAUCACCGAAGAUCCGGUGAGCUAUGCCGCAAAUCCAUUGGUGGAGCAGGUUAGCCGAGAGGCUUUGGCAGAAUUCGCUGAGUUGCCAGUAAGACGUGUGCAUGUUUCUUUGAUGCCGGAUUCCAAGAAGGGCAGCCGGGAUGUCAUCAACUGGUUCAGCAUGCUGGUGCCGAACUCGACGAACUUGACCGCAGUGCUAGACUACAUCUCCAAAAAGGAUCUGGCGCAUGCUGGACGCAUUCUGCGCAGCAAGCUUCGUCGAGUAGGUGUGCUCAUUCUUGUCAACAUUUCAAAGUUGUAUGUGAACUCGCACGGUCGCAAGGAAACGGACUCUACCGAGCUGACCAAAACCAAAACCACAACAGGUGCACCCUCGCCGGCAUGGAACAAUCCAAAUGCCACGCGAUUGACUGGGGUGGUGAAGAUGAUCGUUCCGGAGCCACUUAAGUUUGCGGAAGACCUGAAAACCAAGGAGGCAACUGAACAGCUACUAGCAGAGCUGUCCGGCAUUGCCAAGCCAGGUGUACGUGCUUCGCUCAUUCCAGACCAGGUCUAUCGGUAUGAGGCUGAGUUCGGUGACGACACCGCUGAUGUUUCCGACCAGGCCGCCAAAAGGAACAUUCCGAGCGACUCUAUUCAGAAUAAGAGCGGCGAGGUGCAUGCAUGGUUCAGCAUGGUUGGAGCGGUGCAACCCAAUCGGUUGACCGCAACAGAGGAAGCUAGAAAGAUUGCACAAGCCAUGAUGGCGGAGGACCUCAAGGCCGUCACCAUCAGGAACAAUAUCAUCCUGGAAACGGUCGGCCUCAUCGAUGCCAAGACCAAGGUCAUCCAGAUUCUUGCGAAGGCCGAUGGAGAUCAGGAGCAGGUUGAAACGGUCCUGGAUCAAGAUCCCGCGCAAGUGCGCGUGACCGGGGUUAUUGAGAUGGUGACGGAUUACCCGAAGUCGUUCUCCGCAGACCGCAGAUCCGAGGAGGGGCUGCUGCAAGCAUUGUCACAGCUGGUUGGUAUGCCGACCAGCAGUAUUCGGGUGUCGCUGGUGCCAAGUGAGACGCGUGUGGAGUCGCUGUUGCAGCAGCCAGUAGAAGGCGAAGAGGUGCCUCCCGACAAUCCUGUGGAUGACAAAGAUUCGUUUGGCAACGAAGUCUCUGCUUGGUUCGUCAUCACGGUCUCUUCGCAAGGUCCAAAAACGCCUGACGAAGUGGCUGAGAAGCUGCAAGAUCAGGACCUUACUUUGGCUGGCCUCAAAAUUCAGAACUGCCUCAUGGAUGAGGGCAUGGACUUGAGUGUGAAGGUCGGCCGCAUCACUGCCAUGGUCCAAACCACCACGACGACGACCUUGGCCACUGGGGUCAUCAAGAAGGUGGAUUUUCAUGGCGACGCUGGAUCAGCAGGUGCAGCAGUCAACAAAACUUCGGCUGCCGCUGCUGCUGCAAAAGCCGCCCCCGGUUCCUCAGUUGUCGGAGAUGCCUCAGCUCCGGCUAAAGUGGUCGCUGUGGUUGCCGCGGUCUCCCCGAAUGACGUGGAGCCACCCACCAUGUCCAAUCCAGGCGGUGGCGACGAAGAGUCGGACGAUGAGGAGCAAAGCACCAACGCUACCCAUGGAUCCUUGCUGCAAACUGGUGCCAAAUCCGCCUCUCAGGGCAACGCGCAUUGGAUGUGGCUGCCAAUCUUGUUGUGCUUCGCUUGA